AUGCCUGGCUUCUCCGAUUCCUUUUGGACCCCGGACUAUGCGAGCGGUCUCGGGGUGCUGUACGGGAAGUUGCAGCAGGGUGUGGUGGAGAACAAGCAGAUUUUGAUGAUUGCCUCUAUGCGGGCUGAUGCGGAGGAGCAAUAUGGCCUCCGCAUGGGUGAUAUUGCGCCUAGUGUGGAUCGCCUGACAGGCUCGGGUUUCGGCAAGGAUGACGGUGCGAGUGUCCGAAAGGCGUACGAAGGUGUCCGCACCGAGAUGAUCCAGGCCUCACGGAAUCACCAGAAGAUCGCCAACAACAUUCGCGAACUCGUCGUGGCGCCCUUUCAACGCUGGAGCAACCAGCACGAAUAUCGUGUCCAGGCUUCGCACGAUAACCUUCAGUCUCGGAUCAAGGAGCACACCAAACAGGUGGAAUUGGUCAGGAAGUUGCGCAGCACUUACUUCAACAAGUGUCGUGUGUUGGAGGACUUGGAGGAGGAGAACAAGCUUGCCUUCCAGGACCCCGAUACGAGUCCCAAAAUCAAGCCGACGCCGAAGAUCAUCCUUCCUACAGAGGAAGAGCCCGAAGAAGAGCCCGUUGAGCUCGGAGAACGCAUCUUCCCACCGGAGGAGAUCAAGAAGGUUCUCGUGCACAUGCUAAACAACAUCCGAAUUGGCGAGGCCAAGGUACCCAUCAUCGGCACUUAUCAAAAUACAUCGACCGGUGCGGACAUCGUCGAGUAUAUCCAGACCUACAUGGAUGCCAACAAUCUCGCCCAGGCCGAAAGAAUUGGUCAGGAUCUGGUUGAUGGUGGUUUCCUCCGUUUGAUCGGCAACAUGGGCAGUGUCUUUGCCAACAGUUCCAAGAUGAACUACCAAUGGCGCACCAAGGUAUUCCAAAUUACCGGGAUUCCCGAGAAGAAGAGGCCUUUGAUGCGAGUCGCUUCUGUCGCUUCGAGCGAAGAUGGCAACGUUGCCGAUUCUCCCAUCAACUCGGUUUCGGAGAUGCUGGCUGGCUGGAACCCUCUCAACAACCCUUACCCGAACGAGACUCCUUCGGAGAAGCUGCGGAGAGAGGCCCUAGAAGCUGAUGAACGCUACAAGAACGCUGUUCGGCGUCUCGACCAGAUCCGAUGCCGCUUGGAGGAAGAUGUGAUCGAGAACCUCCGAUUCAUGGAACAGUGCGAGCUGGACCGCCUCAAGGCCAUCAAGGCUGUGGUGCUCGACUUCUCUGGUGCGAUCAGUAACGUUAUUCCCAAUCUUCAGAGCACUGUCGACCAUAUGAUGCUGUACCAGGAGACGAUUCAGCCUCUGGGUGACCUGAGAUAUCUCCUUGAGAAUUACCGCACUGGUGGCUUUGUUCCCAAGGUGCAAGCAUACGAAAACUACUAUGGCUCCGUUGAAGAGCAAAACUUUGGUGUCGAUCUUGAAGCCAGGGCUCGGGUUGACCGCAAACGUGUCCCCAUCUUGGUGACGACCCUUUUGACUUACCUGGAUAACCGCUAUCCCGAACUCGAGGGUGAUGAGGCCCGACGAGCCAUUUGGCUUCACAAUCCCCCGCUUACCGUCACGCAUCAGCUGCGUAACACUCUGAACAACAGCAAAGUGGAUUAUCGCGAAGUCCUGCCCAAAUUUGAGAUACCCAUCGUUGCUAGCGUUUUGAAAUUGUACCUUCUUGAAUUGCCAGACUCUCUUGUUUCUUCGCAAGUCUACGAAAUCGUCAAGACCAUUUAUUCGACCACCGCUCACGAGACCACGGAAGAGGGACGGAUUAAGGUCCUGCAGAGCACCCUUGGACAACUCCGUCUCGUCAACAUCGCUACGCUUGAUGCCAUCAUGACCCACUUCACACGCCUGAUUGACUUGACCUCGGCCGACGAACAAUACAUCGCUUUGUUGGCUCAGAUCCUGUCGCCCUGUGUUCUCCGACCUCGCAUUGAGAGCAGCCUCACCAUGGAUGAGCGCCACAGCUAUCGCCUGAUCCGUGAUCUUUUCGCACAUAAGGAUUCCAUCUUUGGCGAGCUGAAGCGCCAAUCGAGUGCACUGGGUCUCUCCACCUCCAACCGUCCACGAGCCAUCAGCACAGACGAGAGUAACCGCCGUGCUGCUAUGGAGGCGCGCCAGCGUGCAAUUGUUAACCGCAGUCGGGCUACAAGCCCCGUGAGCCGUCAACGACAUCGCCGUGACCGCUCCAGCGGCGCUUCAGAGACAGGCCGGUUCCCGAUCCACGUGUCAAGCCCAGCAGACCGCCGCGGCACUCGUGUUACUAGCUUGGACGUGCCCGCCAACGGCUCUCCCACUGGUGCCGAGCACCCAACCGUGAACAACCAAGCCGCCAAUGAAUCCAUGUCAAACGGCACGUCCUCUGAGCCUCCAGCCUCGCUUCCAGCCAGCGCCAGCGGCUCUGAUCGCUCAGUCAGCCCGCCUCUCCCCGCCGAGACAGCCUCCGACGGCUCGCCCACUCCCACCCCAACACCGGCACCCACCUCCAGCGAGUUCGAGAAGCGCGCUUCCAUCCCCCGCUCAGCGGGUGGACGGUAUACUCGGAAGCCCGGCCUCGGUAGCAUUUCCAGCUUCCCAACCUCAGCUCCCUCAACUGGCUCCGUCGGCACUGACAGCAAGCGAAGCAGUAUGGCCGAGAGUGAGCCCAAGGGUGUGACUUUGGAGGACAAGCCGAUGGACGACUAA